GCGCUCCACGCCGCGGGACAUGAGGAGGGUCGCCGGAGAAGUUAGCAGCCGCAGCUGUGUCCUCCUGAAGACAUCCGGGGCAUGAAACCAGGUCACGUUCCUCUUUCAUUCAUAACUUCCUCCUCCUCCAUCUCCCUCCACCACCCCCCAGUCGGGACCUCUCGCCUCAGCUCCACCGCAUUGAUGAGGUAACGUCACGCUCCGUCCAACGCAGCACCCACCUGCACAAACACCACCCCACCCCCCGUCCCCUGCUGCCGCCACCUGAUCCAUCCCAGCCAUGGGCCAGAAGAUUUCAGGUGGCAUCAAAUCCGUGGACGGCCGCGGCGAAAGCGGUGGCUCCCCGUCCUACCGGCCCUCGGCUCAACGCAGGCAGCACCCGGAGUUGAGGGGCCCGGAUUUCUCCAAACCUCCCAGGCUGGAUCUCCUUCUGGACAUGCCGUGCGCCCCACCGGAGACACAACUUCGUCACGCGUGGAACUCGGACGAUCGUUCUUUGAACAUUUUCAUCAAAGAGGAGGAUAAGUUGACAUUUCACCGCCACCCGGUCGCUCAGAGCACGGACUGCAUCCGAGGCCGGGUUGGAUACACGAGGGGCCUGCACGUCUGGAGGAUUCACUGGCCCUCCAGGCAGCGUGGAACCCACGCUAUCGUCGGGGUGGCUACCUCUGAAGCUGCCUUACAUUCUGUGGGGUACACUGCCUUGGUGGGGUCAGACUGCGAGUCCUGGGGCUGGGAUCUGGGACGUAACCGCCUCUAUCACGACAGCAAAAACCGGGCGCACAGCUCGCUGCCAACUUACCCUUCUUUCCUGGAGCCGGAGGAGUCGUUCACCCUGCCGGACUCUCUGCUGGUCAUUCUGGACAUGGACGAAGGGACGCUGAGCUUCAUGGUGGAAGGACAGUACUUAGGAGUGGCGUUCCGAGGGUUGAAAGGCAAGAAGCUCCAUCCCAUCGUCAGCGCUGUGUGGGGCCAUUGCGAGAUAUCCAUGAAGUACAUCAACGGACUUGAUCUGCGGAAUACUGUGCAACACCCGUCCUUGGAGGACGGCGUCAGCACUGAGUCAGCGCUGGAGAACAACGCCUGCCGUCUUCAGAACAUGAGCCAGUGUUUCCAUAUAUUGACUUAUUCAUAUUAG